CACGCUUCCAAGCGACCGUCGGCAAGCCACCGCGCUUCGAGCUGCUCUCAGUCUCCGUUUUGCUUCGAAGUCCUCAUACAGUCGACCCAGCGAGCAUGUCCACGUCUAACGUCGCGCCGCAACACCACAGCGACGCUCAUCUGGCACAUCUACAUGCCGUGGGGGUAAUUCAGAGGCAGCAGAGCGUGGGGCUCAAAAUUCUAUUGGGCGGCAUCGCUAAUACCAUUUCCGCAGCGGCGACCAAUCCCAUUGAUGUCGUCAAGGUGCGACUACAGCUGCAGGCGCUGGAGCCAACGGCCGUCACGUCGUCAGCGGCGGCUGCGGCAGGCACUGUUGCUCCGACUCGGUACCUUGGCUUCGGGCACGGCCUCAAGACCAUAGUUCAGGAAGAAGGAUGGUACGGCCUGGCCAAAGGCUGGAAAGCCUCGCUGCUCCGAGAGUUCUCGUACUCGGGCAUCCGCUUCGGCAUGUACGACCAGGUGAAGGAGUUCUACGAAGACCAGAUAUUCCAUACGUCCCCCGCCGAGCAAAGACGCACCCCGUUGUACAUCAAACUGCUGUCAGGCGCAACGUCCGGGGCAAUUGGCAGCGCCCUUGUGAACCCGAUGGAUCUUGUGAAGGUGCGCAUGCAGGCGGAUCGCAUGGGUACACGCUAUAACAACAGCUUCCUCUUUGCAUGCCGCAAAAUCUACCAGGAUGAAGGGCUGAUCCAGGGUUUCUACCGCGGGGUCGCGCCCACCACUUUCCGCGCCAUGGUGUUGACCGCUGCGCAACUACCCAGCUACGACCACAUGAAGGAGACUCUGCUGCACCACACUCCGCUCGAGGAAGGCGUAACUGUUCACAUGAUCUGCAGCAUGUUCGCCGGCCUCACUGCUGCAACGGCGUCCUCCCCUCUCGAUGUGAUGAAGACACAGAUCAUGAACGAGACCAAACUCGGCGGCGGCAGGAACGUCUUGGGCCGCGCCUUCAUGGGCGUGCUCCGGACGGAGGGUACACGGGGUUUCUUCAAGGGCUGGCUAGCCAAUUGGUUUCGCCUUGGCCCGCACACCAUCAUCUCGCUCAUGGCGUACGAGGAGCUGCGUGCUGCGAUGGGAAUCAAGCCCGUUUAACGAAUUCGAUAAGCUGCCUGUAUUAUCAAAAAAAAAAAUCUUCGCCUAUGUCGAUGCUCACCAAUUAUCCCGGCUUGUUGAUGAUAAAUAUUGUUUUUGGCGGUCACGAGUGAAGUGGUGGUGAAGUUCGUCGACGGGCAGGUAAUCACACGAUGUCACUCACAUCUCAAUUCUGGGCGCUGUCACGAACUCAUCUGU